UGUGUCCCGGCUUACUUUCCUUUCACAAUAGCGUGGUCUGCCCCUUUUGCCUUCGUGCUGUACCCGCGCGACCUGGUGAUCCGCUGGCCCGUCACAUGGCUCAAUCGUUCCGCAAUCAACCCUUCUGCAGCGGACGUUGUGCGGGCUUGACCUGCGCUCACGCUGUAGCAACGCAGCGCCCGCGCACUGCCUUCCGCUGUACCGUGCGAAAGGAGCCUGUCCUCAUAACGCGCGGUGAUUGUUGUCUCAAGCGACGCUCUGCUUCGCUAAUACCUUACACGUUCAACUGGGCCUGUCGCCAGUCCUCGGAUACCGUCGAGCGCACGCGAUGACCUUCAGCUUGAAAGAACACGUCUUUGGUGGCAGGACGUUCUGCUGCUGCCUUCCUCUCCGUCUGGGCGUGGUGAUCAUCUCGUUCGUGUCGCUACUUUUGUCAGGUUUCCUCUCUGUUAUCCUAUGGUAUGAAGUCAGAGUAACCAGUACCAUGUCCGGAUCAGAGCGCGCAGUAUUCGCGGGUGCAGGUGUUGUUGAGUCAUUGCUGUGUGUGGCGUCGAUAUUAGGGUUCGUAGGAGCAAUCGUCAAGAAGCAGUCCUUCAUCAUUGUCUACGUUUACUUCCUAUACUUCCAUUUGGUCAUCAACUGUGCUGUUGCCGGAUACUUCCUCUACAUGAUUGUUCAUGCCGCAAACACCGAUAUUGUUAAAGCGUGCAAAGAGGGGCUGAGGAGUGACCAAGCAAAGGAUCAGUGCGACGGCUUGUUGAAAUUCGCAAAAUGGGUUUAUUUCGCUGUGGCGUCAACAGUGCUCCUUGUCGAAAUGUACACUACAAUCGUCGUCACAAGAUAUUAUCGUUUCCUGCGGACGCACAAGCGCGACAAGCGCCAAUCUCGCAUGAGCUUAGUGCCGAACCGUAACAGAUACACAAACAUCAGCACACAGUCCGGCGAUGGCCUCCUCGACAAGGAAUUUGACCCUUACGCUCCCUAUGGCGGUCGCCCGCAAUCGCAUUACGACGAUAAUGACGGUAGCGACUCGGAAGAAGGUUAUGGUGGCGGCGCAUGGAAUUUGCAGCAGUUCGCAACUCGCGACAAGGAUCGGUUAAGCACCAUCGGCGAGCGAACCGAAGUCGAUGUUGACUCGUUAAGGUCGACCGCGCGUGACCGCAUGUCACCCCCGCCGAGGACGACGACGCCAGCCACGCUUGCUUCACGACGCGCGAGUUUGGGCCCUUCCUCGCCUACACAUGCGCAAAUGAACCUGCCCACAGUCCGCGCAUUGCCCAUCCCACCGUCACGAGAUACUGCAAGAGAUCCCUCGGAAGACUCUCCUCCUAUGUAUGACUCUGCUACGUUACCUGAGGGUUCGGUCACGGACCGCAAGACCCGUCCAUGACGAUUGCGCUGCGCCUAUAAUGUAGAUCUCGGUUUUUCGUUGUGUGCUUCAUUCGCUUGCCGCUCGGAGCCAUGAUCGCUCUGUUUCUUACUCAAUGACGGACAUACGUUGGCAACUAUUCCUGUAAAACUAGGCCAAUGAACAUAUAUUGGGACUACGGAACG